GAACCGCCGAUCGCCAUUUUCUCAAAUCUGAAAUUCCUUCCUUCCCUCGCCGCCUCCCGUCAAAAGGAAACAGAAAUAAAUUUUCCAUGUCGGUCUCAACAGCUUACUCUCUGCACCUGUACGGCUCCACGGCAGGCGACGUCAUCCCCUUCGAUCCCACCGCGAAGCUCGUAGUUGCCCUGAGGUACAGGUACCAGCUCCAGCUCCCGACCCGCGAGGGCGUCAACGUCCAAUUGGACGACGUCACCGUGCCGGAGGUCCGCCGGGGGUUCAAGUUCCCGCCCGACGCCUUCCGCUCCGCCUCGCUGCGAAAGGAAUUCGUCAGCCGGGCGCUGAGGAACGUGAUCGGCGGCGGCGGAACCGCGGAGGACGAGUCGGCGCGCGAGGAGCUGGCGCAGCGAAUCUCGUCCUUCGCGGUGGAGACGGCGGCCAAGUACGGGAUGAAGACUUCCGCGGUGGUGGCGGUGGUCGGCGUCAACAGGGUCGAGGUCGUCGGCCGCCAGGAGGUUGUGGAUUUUCUUGCCGGCCACCAACGGCAGCAGCAACAGAAAACCAGCCAGCAACAACAGACGACUCUGGCUUAACAGAUUAGCUCUUCUAUUGCUUUCCCCCCUUUUUUCCUUCACUUCUUUGUUUAGGUGUAGCUAGUUGUUUAGGUGGAGAAUGUAGAUAGGGUAACUUUUGUGCUAUACACAACACAAGUAGAGGGAAGAUGGGCAAUCAACCCACCCCUGAAGUUUUGGUCAUGGUUGCCUGCUUGUAACAUUUGUAUUUCCACGAGUUUUGUUCGACUGCGUGUGCUAGCUGAUGAUGCAUUGGCGCAGAGUCUUUUUGCUAUAAUGAAUGUUAUCGAUGUUA